UACAGGCACCUCAACCAACAGGAUCAAUACCUAUGUAAGACCGAGCAUUUUCUACAGCCACCUCAACCAACAGAAUCAAUACCAAGAAUCCAAUUUUCGCUUUGCCCGUAUUCCUUACCUUUCUACCAAUUUCGCCUGCAUCCAAUUAAUCAAAGCGCUCUUUUUCUAUAACUUGAGGGGUUAUCCAGUCGCAACGAUGGAUAUUCCAUCCUGAAUCUGUCUUGUUCUAUCAUCAUGGAUUCCAGCAACUCUGGUAGAGACACUGGGAGAAGCGAGGCUACGGAGAGCAAUGUCGCACGCCCCAAAGGAGCAAAGAAUGCGUCGACAGAGGCCAAAGAAACUCAAAGUUCGGGUGCCUAUUUUCGUGUGUUCAGAUACGCCACGCGGGCGACCUGGGCCUUGAAUGUUGUCGCUUUCAUUGCGGCCAUCGCCUCGGGCACGCUACUCCCUCUGAUGGAUUUCGUCUUUGGCAAAUUCGUCACCGCGUUUACGAACUUUGCGACCGGCGUCAUUACGCCUGCAGAGUAUAGAGUUGAGAUCAACACAUUCGCAUUGUAUUUUAUCUAUCUUUUUAUAGCGAAAUUCUGCCUUGUGUACAUCCACUCUGCGCUGAUUUCAGUUGCGGCAAUACGAACGACCAAAGCUCUGCGGAUUGCCUUCCUUGAACAGACUCUACGUCAGAAUGUUGCCUUCUUCGACUCUCCGGAUGCGGGCUCAGUCACCACACAGGCAACUACAAAUGCCAACAAUGUCAACAACGGUAUCUCGGAGAAACUGACUUUGACUUUGCAAGGCAUUUCCACCUUUGGUUUCAUUUAGGUGACGGCUUUCAUUGUAGCGUUUGCGGUGCAAUGGAAGCUAACGCUGAUCGUAAUAUGCAUUGUACCCACCAUUCUGAUUGUCACUACUAUCUGUGUCGGUAUAGAUACGAAGCAAGAAGCAGCAAUGCUUUCGGUAUACGCCAAAGCCGGUCAACUCGCUGAGGAGGUAUUCGCAACCAUACGGACUGUCCAUGCCUUCUGGCUCCACCCACUCCUAACGCAGAAGUACGACUCUCUGCUGAUCGAUGCGAAACGACUCGGAAUGAGAAAGUCACCCAAUUAUGCUGUGCUCUUCUCGGCUGAGUUUUUUUGCGUGUACAGCGGCUAUGGCUUAGCU